GGGAAGAGACUAGUCUGAGGAGGAGGGUAGGUGGGUGGUAAAUGGGUUUUUCAUUUUUGUUUCCUGGUCUAGUUAUCUGUAAACGAGGAAACAGCAGAGAGAUACAUGACAUGUUGUGCCGGAGACCACUAGCAGGGAUACUUUGUAUUAUAUGAGAAUUCUCUGCCUGCAGCCGGAAAUCAUCAUCAUAGUGAGAAUAAUACAGCAAAUCUCUUCCUGCUGCCAAACUCUCCCAGUGUGUGUACAUCUGUACCCUCCUCCUGGGCCCUGACUGGCAGAUCCAGGGAACCCCGGGUGUGGGGAGGUGUCCUCGGCUUGCUGUGGAUCUCAGGGCCGGAGCUGGGCUGCAGGAUCCGGGCUACAGCAGUAUGAGUCACUCCCCGGGGCACAUCGGCCUGCCUGGGAUACAGAAUUUAAAAGCAGACCCUGAGGAACUAUUUAGAAAGUUAGAGAAGAUUGGCAAAGGAUCCUUUGGAGAAGUUUUUAAAGGGAUUGACAAUAGGACUCAAAAAGUUAUAGCUAUAAAAAUUAUAGACUUGGAAGAAGCAGAAGAUGAAAUAGAGGAUAUUCAACAAGAAAUCACUGUGCUGAGCCAGUGCGAUAGUCCGUAUGUAACAAAGUAUUAUGGGUCAUAUCUCAAGGACACAAAAUUAUGGAUUAUUAUGGAAUACCUUGGAGGAGGAUCUGCUUUAGACCUGCUGGAACCUGGUCACUUAGAUGAAACACAAAUUGCCACAAUAUUAAGGGAAAUACUUAAAGGUCUUGAUUAUUUACAUUCUGAAAAAAAAAUCCAUAGAGAUAUUAAAGCUGCCAAUGUGUUGUUGUCUGAACAUGGAGAGGUAAAACUGGCAGAUUUUGGCGUAGCGGGCCAGCUCACAGAUACACAGAUUAAGAGGAAUACUUUUGUUGGCACACCAUUCUGGAUGGCACCAGAGGUUAUAAAGCAAUCUGCAUAUGACUUUAAGGCUGAUAUUUGGUCAUUGGGUAUAACUGCUAUAGAACUUGCUAAAGGAGAACCCCCUCAUUCCGAACUGCAUCCUAUGAAAGUGUUGUUCCACAUUCCCAAAAGCAACCCUCCCACACUUGAAGGAAACUACAGCAAACUCCUGAAAGAAUUUGUGGAAGUUUGCCUAAACAAAGAACCUAGUUUUAGACCAACAGCAAAGGAGCUUCUGAAGCACAAAUUUAUUGUGCGCAGUGCCAAGAAAACAUCCUAUUUAACAGACUUAAUUGAUAGGUACAAGCGGUGGAAGAUGGAGCAAGGCCAUGAGGCUUCCAGCUCAGACUCAGAUGGGGAAGAAGACGGACAAGCUUCAGGAGGAAGUGACAAGGGACCCUGGUACUUUACAAUGGAAGAAGCAGAUCUGAAGAAGAUGCAGAACGGUGCAGCACAACUUGAGGAGUUAGAGGGCAGUGAGGUUAAAGACAUCCAAAAAAGACCUUUAUCUCAGUGUUUGUCUACAAUUAUGUCCCCGUUAUUUGCUGAGUUGAAAGAGAGGAGUCAGUCAUGUGGUGGCAAUGUAGGCUCUAUAGAAGAACUAAGAGAGGCCAUUUAUUUAGCUGAAGAGGCCUGUCCAGGCAUCUCUGACUCGAUGGUGUCACAGCUUCUUAUGCGGCUUCAAAGAUACUCCGUUAAUGGAAAAGACUCUUCAGCACACUGAACUUUAUUUCCUUAUAAGACAGUGACUCUUUCCAUUCUUUCUCUUCACCGGGACUUCCUCUGUAGAGCCACAGAAUGUGGACAUAGCUUUAAGUAUCAGUGACUGCGCUGAGCACACCUAAUGAGAAGCUAGAGCUUUUAUGGUUUUAUUUUAUUUUUUGUAAUCCUAGUGCAAAUAUGGAAAACAAACCAGACGUAUAAGUACUGUGAUAAGACAAAUGAAGAUAUAGUGAAUCCUCAGGUAUCUUGCUCUAAGCAGGCAGCUCCUCUGGAAGGUGGAACAAAAGCUGCAUUGGAUUUUGUGUACAGAAAUGUAUGUAUAUAGCAUCAUUUUUAUGAAAAUUCCUUGACCAUGCCCAUGGCAUUCCCUGUGUGCCAACAGGAGAGUGUGGCUGUAGAUAAUGUUAUUGGAAUCAAUAUUUAAAAGGCCAUAAUACUUAAGAUUUUACCCUUCAGUUACCUGUAUGUUUUAAAUGAUUUGGCUGGUUCAUUUGUUUUCUGUUUGUAAUAUGUUACUCUGAGAUAAAUGUUACAUGAGGCCAAUAGUUUUGCAACACAUUUUACAGCGUAAAACUACAGUAUUUGUAUUAAGAAAUGUCUUCUGAAACUCUUCCCACCUUUGAUUGUACGCUAUAAAAAGGCUGAAGUUAGGUUAUACUGCGUUUUCAUUAUGUUUUUAAUUUAUCAUUCUGAUUCUUCUAGAUAUAUAAUAGGACAGUGAAGACAGCACUAGACUUAGGUAUGGAUAGUGCUGGAUUGGGAUGCAAAACCAGCCCGGGAAAUUUAUGGAAGCAGCCCUAAUGGGGGGAUGGUCUGCUGAGGGGAUCUCUCCUCAUAGGACGCGAUUGUACACAGUUGCAUCCUUCUAUGCACCUUUUGCUGCGGUUGUGUCUGAGACCAGGAGCAGAUUGGGAACUAAAAGUGGCUCUGUGAAUUUUUUGUAGAAGUGGCAGAAUGAAUGGGGACAAUGCAGUGUACUGAGUGUGGUGGGCUGCCUGUCAUGUGGGGGGUGGGGCCACAUGACAACACACAAAACAGGCCCCACAGACACGUCAGCCUACCAGGAUUCUUCCUGGUGACCCCUAUGGCCAAUCCGCCCCUGGUUAUGGAACUGAAAUCUGCAAGCACGAUGUAACUGAUGUGAUACUAACACCAAUGUACAGUAUGUAUUGUAGUAAUGAGUUCGACUCUUCCCAGCCUCUUAUUCAUCAUAUUUAGUAAUUUCACAGCAAGAGAUUACUCCAAAGUGCAGAAGGUACCAAACUGCAGAUAUUCGGUAAGAUGUCUUUUUCACACAUCACCUUGUUUUGUUUUUGUCACAAUUUAAUUAUCUGCAGUUAAACUGAGUGCCUCAUUCUGCAGCAGGUUUGUAAAAAAAAAAAAAAAAAAAAGCAAUAUACUUUUCUCAUUACCCUUUGACGUUCGCACUAAAAUACUGUGGACGCUACAGUAAAUAUGCAUAUGGCUGUUAGUGAUCAGCAAGCAGCUUAUCAUGCUACAUUCAGUGUUCCAUAAUACAACUUAUAAGGACAUUUAUGCUGGACAUAUUUCCUAGCUACAAUUGGACAAUGGAUUUUCCCUGUAUAAGCCAUGUUACAGUGUACUAGUGAUCUCAUUCUGCUAUUACCUUGCCCCAUGUUAUAGUCUGCAAGUUGUGGACGGCUGCUAGAUUUAAAGCAGCAAUUUUUUUUGAGGCAGAAAUAACCCUUUUUCUUUACCUUAAAAAUAAAAAGUUGCUGCGUUAAAUUUAGAGGCUGUAUAACCAAAAUCUCUCCGCUGUCCACAACACGCAGGAUAUUACAUUGGGGCCCCUAUAUUUAAUGCCUGCACAAAUGCAUGUAAGCACAUCUAUGGCCCCUUUUGAAGUCACUAUAAUUAAAUAGUGGUCAGUACCACUCUGUACUGUGUGUGAAAGCAGGAUAAGAGCAGAGUUUCUCCUAAUAGUAACAACCUCCGCACCAGGCAACUGCAAAGAAAACGUAACCAUUGGUCAUUUAUGAAAACUGGUGCAAAAGAAAAAGGCGCUGUAAGUUAUAACAACCACAAUUUGUGUAUAGCGUUUAUUGGUUAUUGUGCAUUACUUCAGAGCACCCAGUUUUACAAAAUACCCCAUCAAUGCUUUUUAAGUGGAUUUAAAACUGGUAAAGGGUAGAUACACAUUUAUGGGUUAAAUGUGCAAAAUGCAUUCACACAGUCUAAAACCAUCGAACCCCUGCUGCACAGUGCAUCUGUGGGCAGCUGGCUGUACGCAGUCAUCUGUUUCCAGCCAGCACAUCACAAACCCAACGUCCAGAGUGUGGAAUGAUUAGUAUGAAUAACAUUUCACACUACUUUGCUCAGUCAGUGUUUCUGAUAGAUCUGCCUAUAGACACAACACUGCAUACGUCCUGUCCCCUGCACAUAGAUCAUGUAAUACAGUAACUCCAUCUAAUAAACACCCAUGAAGAAGAUAAGGGAAUAGUUACACAUUCUACUCCUACAAUACUUUUUAGUCUGCUUGGUAAAAAUGUUCUUUUACCAUUUCAUCAGUUUAUAUUUGCUGGCCGCUGUUGUUUUUCCUUUGAAAAGCCUCUGAUCAAUGUUUGCUUUUACUUGCUGAACAGUGUGGCAGCUUCCAAACACAAUUUCUUUUCAACUAUGCAUAUCACGUCUGCAAAAUGACUUUUGCCCAUAUAUUUAAUUUAAUUUAUGUAAAAUAAAUAAUUGAAAAAGUUACAUGUAUUUAAAAGUUUAUUUAACUAUACUGGAAUAUAUUUUGUAUUAAUCUGGUAAGAAAAGAAUUGGUUUGUCUUCUCUUGGUCAACAGUGUAAAUGUGGAGUUGUCCCACUUUCUAGAUAACCUCCACUUCAUAUUUAAAUGUUUUGUUGUUUUCUCUUUCCAGACAACUUUGUGUACUUUUGAAAGAUCUUCUGUCUUUUGUUUUCUGUCUUAUUGUUUUAGUCUCUUCAUAUGAAGAGAAGUUUCUGAGAUCAUGGUGUCUGCCCCCCCCUCCCCCUCCAUCUGCUGUCAUCUGGGAAUUAAGGCUACACAUUGGUAGCAAACAAACUUAUUUUUAAGCACUGAAGUUUAUCUUGGAAAAUAUUGAUUAUUAAAUAUUAUUUCUUCUCUAAA